GACUGUCCAAUUGCCAAGCAACCUACCGUUGGCCAAUCAGGGAGCUCGGAGGUGAUGUCAUGGUGAGAGCCCAGCAGUGGUGCUGAUGUUGAGAGAAGCCCAGGGUACCACUAAUUGAGGGAGUGAGAAGAGAGCAGCUUGCUUCGAACCGGACUGCAGGGUUGUGACAGUGUGCUGAGCUGGUGACAGACACCUUGUGACUUCCAGUUGGAUUCAGCAUCCAAAUUCCUGCAAGCAUGACCCUCGCAGCCUACAAGGAGAAGAUGAAGGAGCUCCCGCUUGUGUCCCUGUUCUGCUCCUGCUUCCUGGCGGACCCCCUGAAUAAAUCAUCCUACAAAUACGAAGGCUGGUGUGGGAGACAGUGUAGGAGGAAAGCUCAAAGCCAGUGGAAAGACAGUGCUGACUGGAGAGAAAGAAGAGAACAGGCAGACACGGUGGACCUGAACUGGUGUGUCAUCUCAGACAUGGAGGUCAUCGAGCUGAAUAAAUGCACCUCGGGCCAGUCCUUCGAGGUCAUCCUGAAGCCGCCCUCCUUUGACGGGGUGCCCGAGUUCAACGCCUCCUUACCCCGGCGGAGAGACCCUUCGCUGGAGGAGAUCCAGAAGAAACUAGAAGCAGCUGAGGAGCGAAGGAAGUACCAGGAAGCUGAGCUGCUGAAGCACCUGGCAGAAAAACGAGAACACGAGCGAGAGGUGAUCCAAAAAGCCAUUGAGGAGAACAACAACUUCAUCAAGAUGGCUAAGGAAAAACUGGCCCAGAAGAUGGAAUCCAACAAGGAAAACCGGGAGGCCCACCUUGCCGCCAUGUUGGAGCGGCUGCAAGAGAAGGACAAGCACGCGGAGGAGGUGCGGAAAAACAAGGAGCUGAAGGAAGAGGCCUCCAGGUAAAGCCCAGAGGCCAGACACGUUUCCAGGACGCCGGACAGCUCCCGCAGUCCCGAGCAGCCUCGCCCACCGCCGCUGCUCUCCCAGCACUAGGGUUUGGGGGGAGGGGGGUGGCCAGGGGUGUUUCCUCUGCUUUUGGUGUUUGUACAUGUUAAGAAUUGACCAGUGAAGCCAUCCUAUUUGUUUCUGGGGAACAAUGAUGGGGUGGGAGAGGGGAGAGGAGAGACUUGGGAAAGGAAGACCAGCUCACGGACAUCGCCACACUACCCACCGCAGGCUCGGGCCUGAACCCCCCGCUUUUCACAGCUCUGCUGGACAUCCAGCCUUCAGGUGCCAUGUGAAGGGACCACGAGAACCAGGCCAGUGGAAGUUCAGGGUCAGGGACAGAGUUCUAGGAGGGCGGUGGUCGCAGAGUCUUCAGGAUGAGCCCCGCUGGAGGGGAUGUGAGGCCUGGAAGUGUCGCUUCUGCCCUGUGGCCAGUGGGAUGAGGUCUGCGUGUGUGUUAUCCAUCAUCUUUUGAUCAUCAUGACCAAUGAAACCUUUACUUCAAGUCUCCAGUUCUUUGUUUUCUGAUUUUGUCCUUUUGGGUGAUUGGUGGAAUGUUCUAGAAAUUUGACUUCUACCCAUGUGAUGGCAGAAGAUCUUUAAUUUUACUAUCCAAGUAUCUGAGGUGCUGGAUGAGGUGGGUUGACUUAUGUAAUAAUUGAAAGAUUUGUUUUUCUCUCUCUUCUUUUAAACCCAUCUGUGGGCUGUCCCUGACUGGAUUGAAUGGAAAAAGAAUGCAACAUUUCUUUCUACAAACUAUUGUUUUAGCAUGUUCCCUGGGAUUCAUUGUAAGAAGGAAGUUGUCGUAAGUCUGUUCAGGCCACCAUAAUGAAAUACUUUAGUCUGUGUACUUUAUGAGCACUAGAAAUUUAAUGCUCAUAGUUCUGGAGACAGGAUGACCCAAGAUUAAGGCACUAGUAGAUUUGGCAUCUGGUGAGGUGAGGGGUCCUCUCCCUUCAAGAUGGUGACUUCUUGCUGUGUUCUGGCAUGGCAGAAGGGCAAAAGGGCUCCUUUAAACCCUUUUUAUAGGGCACUGGUCCCUACUGGGGAGCUACAUGAGCUAAACACCUCCUAAAGGUCUCACCUCUUAACACUGUUGUGUGGGGAUUAAGUUUUAACAUGUGACAUUUAGGGGGACAUCAAUAUGGUGGGAGCCUCCCUCACUUUGGGUUACAAAAUGUGAGCAGAGAAAUUAAGCACUUGCUAGCGAAGGCAGAGGGUCCAUUCCAACCCAGCAGUUCUGGUCUCCAGGACACCCCACCCUCCACUGGAAGCAAAUGACCAGGAGGGUGCAACCUGCAUGGACCAGGUCCCAGGGCAUCCCAUACCUGCCCUGCACACUGUGUAGUUUUGUACAGACUUGCAAAUAAACUCUUUGGUAUUGCCUUGUUUCUUCCACUAGUGGAACUGCAAUUUAGCUUUAUUUUAAGUUAAGGUGAUGAUGGUGACAUUUAACACUUAGGCUGCACUUAUUUGAGAUCCGGCAAAAUUUCUCUGGACUUGCUUAUAUAUACUUAUCUUACUUAAUUUUCACACCAAUCAUGAGAGGAAGUUACUGUUGUUCAGAUGUAGACAAAGAAAUGGAGGAAUAGAAAGUGUAAGUAACUUGCUGGAGUCCACACAGAUAAUAAGUGGGGGAGCACAGAGACUUGUAUCUGGCAGUUUGCUCCCAGAGUCUGUAUUUUUAGCCCUGCACUGUGCUGCUUUUUGACACUUCCAAACUAGGCUGUGAGUCCUAGAUUGGUGUUUCUCAAACUGUGAGUUGUGACUCAUUGGAUUGUGAGACUAGUUUUAUGGAUGCAAUGUAACUUUCCUCCUCCUUCCCUUCCCUCCUUCCUUUGAAAUAGAAUAGAAAACAAAACAUCAAAAUGCAUUCUGGGUAAUAAUGGAGGUAUCACUGCAUGGGAAUCGUGUUUCUACUCUUAAUGUUAUGCAUGUGUUUCUGGGUCACACUACAAACCAUAUUUCUUGCUGGGGUGACAAUCAAAACUCUUUGAAAGUCACUGCUUUAGAAUGAGCAUGGAGUCAGAACCAGGAUGUCCAACUUGCAGCCCAGGGGCUCUGGGAAGCUGCUGCAUUUGGGAAAGUGAAACGCUGUGGCUGUACUGUCACAACCAGCUUCCUUUGGCACAGGCGGGAGUGACCUUGAGGGUCUAUUUUCCCAAAUCCACUCCAUCGGCAUCUGCAUCCUCCCACUUGAACACCCGUGGCUGGAGGAAGCUCUUCCCACGCCCAGUCACCACCCUGUCACUCUCCAGUUCACACUUCCAUUCUCUGCACACCGUUCCCUUGUUUGGGUUGCUUGUCUCUCCUCAAUUCUGACCCGUUCUUUCAAACUCAGUCCAGAUAUUAAGUUCUCUUGACUCUGCCAGUAUUUCUAUAUUUUUCAUGUGCCAUGAUUUCUGUACCAUUAUUUAUUUACCUAUGCUUUCCUGCUAUUAAACUUGAUGCCUCUUGAAAGCAGAAA